GUAUGAUUUUAAAACGUUAUGAGUGGGGACAACAUGCAUUAUGGCCGUGAACGCGUCGAGCGUAUUAUCGAAGCGUAAAAAAGUUAUCGACUUGACUGGCGACGAUGUUAACGAAGAAAGUGAUGUUAUCACUCGAAAGAAGUCUGACUUACAAUUAUCUGCAAAACGGUUGAACCAGCAUUCAAGCUCGACUCAUGGCCAUCGUUCGAAAGCGAAGUCAAACGGAGUCUCGAUCACCAGCACAUCACCGAGUGCUCCCAUAUCGAAGCGCAGCGAGUCAAGCUUUCCUAUAAGGCCAUCUAGCCAGCAUAACCAUCCUUCACCAUCCUUACCAUCGCCCUUCUCCAGCCAAGCUCAGGAACACCCGUCAAAGCGGCGAAAGAUACAACACGGUGCUAGUCGUAGAGCAGCGUCGUCCUCGUCCUCGUCUUCGACCAACACGAAAGCCUUAACAAAAUGUUUACAAACUCAGGUGUUCCCACACCUUGAACGUGCCACGAAGAAACUUGAUCAAAAUGUCUACGAUGUCGAGAAGCUCGGUGGGAGGAUUAUCGGCAGAGUUGCCAACAAAGAAUUUGAACGUCAUUUCCAUGAUGGCAAUGGCAGGCUGGCCCCUGACGUGGAAGCCUCCGUGAUAAUACAAAUCCACGACCUAGUAAUAGAGUUUACAAAGGGAAAUGAAUUUCGACGUUAUCCUGCUACUGUAGUACCGGCACCAAAACCCAUAGCUGAGCCUAAGACACAUAUCACAACCUCAGUUCUACCUUCUAUCGAGCACCCGGUAAACGAUUUCCCGCUCAACAGAAGUAGCGGGCACGAGGAAUGUGGUAGAGAAGGACACUUUCGAGGUGAUAUGGACACUCAAGAAUCUAGCCUACAGCAUGUCCAGGCAUCGCCCCGAGUCCCGCUGAAGAAGAAGCCACCACAUUCACCACAGCAGCAACGGACAAGAACAAAGGCAACAGAGUGGCAGUCAGGUAGAAGUUAUGAAUUCAAAAGGGACGGGUCACCAUUACAGAUGAAAAACCGGUGGUUCGGCCUAUCUUCAAGGCCAUAUCUACCUGCUGAGGAACGGCAGCUGAUUGCGACGGGCGUAGGCAAAGGCCGGAGAUUCCACCUUGAGGAUGACGAGCUACGCCAGCCAAGUGUGUAUCACGUCGACUUCAGCGACGAAGAAGUUAAUUUUAUGAGAUACCUCGCAAGAUCAUUAUACGGCAGACCAUCUCGCGGCCAGAGGUCAGACUCAGAAGACCUACGUCGUAUACUAAAAAAGUCUGACACCGACGCUUUAACAACUCGUAUCGUCGACGUUCAUCGUCACAGAUAUAUCAAUUUCCAACAUCCUCCUCUAUCCUUACUACAGCGUUCCCCAGAUGAUAUCCAGAAUUUCCUACAUGAUCUAUACCACAAGCAGGUUGACGAGAAUCCGAAAUUGUUAUUUCUCGAACGAGACGACGGGAAUUCUCAAUAUGAUACCGCGAGGACAACCGCGUUGCCGUCGUUGUUAAUGGCAAGAGAGGUCGUCGGCAACCGCCUCGGAGCUACUAGACGCUACGUAAACUUCAAUACAGCGUUCAAGUGCAAUAGAGAAGAUUAUCUCGAGCCAAAGGUCGAGUGGACCAACUGUGCCGGUGAUAUCAUGACUAUUGCCUGGACUCCGGAUUCUACCCACUUCGUCUGUGGCACAACCACACACUCGGACUCUCAUAACCAGCAGUACAAUAAACCCGGAAACCUUCUAUUCGGUUCCGUGGCGGAGAAUACCUUGCAAGCGUAUCCUGAUCACCGAAUCCCUCGCCCUCUUGUUGAGCAUGGCGAUAAUGCUUUACCAUCGAUGAGAGAAUCGCAAGAUCCCUGGCUUUACACUUCGGUAGUUUCGUCGGACUAUGAUCCCACGACCGGUUGGCUAUUCACUUCAAGUUUCGAUCACACAGUCAAGGUCUGGUGCCCUACGACGACAAACAAAAGCGGCAUGGCCCUUCGCCAUACUUGGGAGCACGAGGGACGCGUCAAUUUUGUGGUGACAAACAAAUGUGAAACCAUCAGCAAGGUAGCCACAGCCGCUGAUGUUCCUGAGAAUGCGGUACGGGUCUACCGUGCAUCAUCGGGUGGAGACCCUUCAGAAUAUAAUUACGACGAGUUGACUUGCAAACGAGUCCACGGUGAAGACUACGUACCUUCAAACAAGUGGGCUUACUUCCCGUCAGCGAUCCGCUGGGGAGUAGAAUCAAGCGUGAACCACCUUCUCUUAGUCGGCUACUCUCCGCGAAGCCUCAACGGCGACGAUAACGAUAUACCGGAAGACAAGCUCAAAACAGGAGAGCUUUGCCUCUGGGAUACGAAUACCAAUACCGAAGUCAAAGUGAACAGCGCCGCGACCUCGAACGUCUUCGAGGUGGUGUGGCAUCCAUCUCGGCCGAGUUUUGCCGCGGCAACCUCGGCGUCCCUGAAUUCGGAAAAGAUCGAGGAACAUAUCCGAACUCAGAUCCGCCUCUUUGAGCCGAACGAGACCGGGCAAUAUGGCGUGGUGAAAACACUUGACUGCCCGGCUAUCGAUAUCAAUGAAAUUCUAAUCAGACCCAACAGUAUUCUGUACUCGUACAUCGCUGCUGGGUGUACCGAUGGCAAGGUCUACAUCUGGGACUCGGCGAGGAGCGAGGACGACGAUCCUAUGUGCGUCCUCAAACAUGGCGACCCAGUCGAGGAAAUCAUCGGAGACAGAGAACAAGAAGAUGUAGGGGUCAAAUUCAUAGCUUGGGCCACGACGACCGACCGUCUAUACACCGGCUCAUCCGACGGUGUUGUAAAGGUGUGGAACAUACGACACGGGAAGGGGGUCUUGGUGAGGGACCUCAUCGAAGUAGCAGCACCCAUCACAGCCGGCACUUUCUCUCCAGAUUUCAACAAACUACUCAUCGGAGACGGCAGCGGACGCGUCUACCUCAUGGAUGUGGACAGCGACAAGGAGGACGGCCAGAAUCAGAACCAAGCCCAUCCAGCCGCCCUCUCAUCGGGCUUCUUAAACCUGCAGCUCGGCGGGCAGCAACGUGCCAUCCGUCGCCCUCGCCCAUUUAUCCCGCACCCCACGCCCCCACCUCCAGAUUCGGCUGGGGAGCUCGAGGCAGAAGCCCAGAUCGGACAGCAAACAGCCAAAGCCUAUCUCGACAAAUCAGAGCUUGUCCUGCACCCCGACCCCACCAUCGGCGCCGUCCAGGGGCCCGCGUACGCCGAAACGAACCUCUUCCGCGUCGAAGCCCACCUCUACGGGGACGUGGAAGCCCCGCUGCUAGCCGCGUUCGAGGCCCGGCAGCGCGCGAACCAGGGCUUUGCGCGGAAGACUCGGUUCGCGAGGCAGAGAGGGGCGAAGGACUUGGAUGUGGGCGAGAUCGCGCGCCACAGGCAUAGGCUGAACUUGUCGAAGGAUGCGGGGGUGAGGCUGGACGAGCAGACGAGGAGGGUGCUGGAGAGGGAGAAGGCGGAGAUUGAGCUUGAUUGGAGGGAUUUGGAUUAUGAGGAUGAUUGAGUUGAGUGAGGAGGAUGGGAGAAAUGAAGAAAAAGAAAGAAAAGAUUGGGUUUGAGGGUUUGGAAGAUUAAGAAUGGGUGUGAGAGGGAGAGGGAGAGUGAGAAUGAGAAUGAGCAAAGGAGAGGAAAGAAAGAAAGAAAGAAAGAGACUGGAAGUGUUUGUGCGUCGGUUUGUUAUAGCCAUUGCUGUUGCUGUUGCUGUAGCUUGAUGAACGGAGAAGAACGGAUAGGUACUUAUUAUUAAUUCAUGGUGUGUUUGUUUAAACCUCGGAUUGGAAUCGUAAGAGAACUUUCCAAGUGAGAUGUCAAGUUCUAUGAUGUGAAUGGUAUAUUGAUCCUUCACUAUGUUGGUUUGGAUAAGCUAGAGAGGUAUAAGGAUGUGAUGUAUAAAUGU